AUGGUAACCAACAGCGAGCUGCUUUCGCUUCUUGUGGUGCUCUUCGCCCUCGUGUUCCCCUCCGAAGGCGCACAGGAGGCCUCCGGCAUGUCCCUCUCCAGCCUCGCCCCGGCCCUCGACCUCGCCCUGUCGCAACACCACCACAACCCCGACCUCGCUCCCCGCCAGGCACCGCCGCCCGGUAGCCCGACCCACGUGGCCAACACCUUCCAGGGCGCGACCAUCUGCGCUGAGUCCAAGUCGGGCUUCUCGCUGGACCAACUCGCCCGCGAGUUCCCCCAGUUCUACAUCGAGCUUGGCACCUGGCUGGGCAACAUCACCUGCUUCCAGCCCGGCCCGUCCGGCACGCCGGCGCUGGGGCUGGCCCCGGUACUCGCCGACGCGCGCUUCGAGCUCAACACCACCCUUGACGGGGCGCGCCUCUACUCGUGCUCGUCGCUCGGCGGCGCGCCGGCCUCGUGCCGCGUGUUCUACCCGCGGUUCGACGGGUCGGGCCAGUACUGCACCGUGGACCCGGUCGACGGCGGGCUCCCGCUGCAGAGGGUGGGCCAAGUGGUCAACUCGCGCAUCUCGGUCGACUCGGCCUGGUCCAACGCGGGCGAGCUCGACUCGGCGGGCCUCAACUACUACGAACCGGCCAACGACGCCAUCUCGGGCUUCUACGGCUCGUGGACUGGCCAGGAGGCCCCUGGCGGACCCACGACGGCCGUGGGCGGCAGGCCGCCAGCCCUGCAGUGCCUGUUCCGCGUGGCCCGCACCUGCCGCGGUCCUCUGUGCUUCUCUGCGCCCGAGCACUCAGGCUAA